UUCAUAAAUCUCGCCCAACCCAACCAACCGCCACAGUCGCGGCAGGAUGCACUUCCUGAAGAGAUCGCUCCCACCGAACCAGCAGUUCCUGACGUUCGGGCUGCACGCCCUGCGGCUGAUUGGCCUCUGGGGUCCCGAUCGGCGCCAAAUCUUCCGCUACUAUCUGCUGGUCCUGGUGGAGCUAGUGCUGCUGGUUGGACCGAAGAUCAUCUUCGGCUCCGGCCAGGACGGGUUCGAAUCGUUCAUUCGGAACAGUGCGGAGUUGAUUUUCCUGAUUGAGGUGAUGAUUUCGAUCGGCAUUUUCGCCUCUCGGCGAAAGUCGUUCGAACGGUUGGUUGAGGUGUUGGACCAGACUCUGCAGCGAAAGUGGCCAGAUUCGUUGAGGGAAGAGAUUGGGCAGUUCAACAGGAAGGUGGAACUAUUUGCGAGGGUGUACGCGGCCUAUCUCUUUGGGAUGCUCGCGUUUUUCUGUGUUUUCCCGGUGAUUUCAACGUUCUACAAGGUGAUAUUUGUGGCUGAAGAAGAAAGAAGCGACUUCAUGUUGAUCAUCUACGUGAAAUUUUUUGGACUCGACAUCGAGCGUAAUGUUCAUCAUUACAUGAUCUACAUCUUGAGUAUGAUUUGCCCCAUUAGUGCAUCGGCCUAUCAAAGCUCCAUCAAAAUGAUCGUCAUCGUGGUCGUCAUCCAGUACGGGGCUAAGCUGUUUGACUUGGUUGCUAAACGUGUUACGGUGCUGGAACUCAUCAAAUCGGACCAGGAACGCCACGACGAAUUGCGAGAGAUCAUAAAGCUGCACAAUUUGGCUCUGGAGUACGUUGAACAUCUGGAAGAGACCGUUUGCUUCGUUAUGAUCAACCAAAUUCUAAGUUGUAUGUUGAUUUCGUGCCUCAUGAUGUUCUACAUAACAACUAACUUUGGGCCAAAUGUUGCAACUGUGGUGCAGCUGUUCAUGGUUCUGGUAGGCGAGAUGAUUGUCUACUGCUUCAACGGAACAAUGCUGAUUGAAAAGGCAACGAGCGUGGUGGAUGCCCUGUUCUACUAUCCCUGGUACAAGGAACCCAUUUGGGUGCAAAAGGUUUUCCUCAGAAUGAUCCAACGUGGUCAGCGUCCCACGGGCAUAACGGCGGCCAAGUUCUACUACGUCGACGUGAACCGGCUCGGAGUGGUGUUCCAGGCGUCGUACUCGUACUAUUUGAUACUGAAGAACAGCUUUUAAAAAGAGACUAAUCUAAUGAUGACGAUUGCAUGUUUUACAGCACUACACAAUUUAUCUCACAGAGUUGAUUA